UAAUUUUGUAACAAAUUCAAAAAUUUCAUCUGUUUUUCGUACAUUCGUUAUGCUACCGACUUUACCGUUGUUUUUUUUUUUUUUUAAUUUUCAAAAAGCGUGUAGGAAAUAUAUUUGAAUAGUAUAGAUUGGAAUUGACGUAGUUAAAAAAGAAAAAUGAUAAGACCUAUAGCCCGGUUCAGCAUAACCACAAUCCAUUAUCAGUUGGAUAUGAGACACCGCACAGACCCAAUAUAUUUAGCACGAGUGGAUCGCUAAUUCAAUAACAAAUGAUGGUCUCCAAAAUGGCCAAAAAACUUCUUUUGAGUUGCUUUUUAAUUCUUUUGAUUGUUUUGUAUAAUGAGCGGUACUUCACUCAAACUACAAGGACAACUAUGGCAAAGAUAUCCACUAAGAUGACAAUAAAAUCGUUAACUUCAGCGCAAGAUUCCAACAUAAUCAACUUCUUUGUGAACACCCCGAAGUGUCGGAUGCCAGCCCCUGAUCCCUUUAUGCCUGAGGCUCUAAUGAUAUACAGGAAAGUGCCAUAUGAGCAGUGUGAGCCCGGUAAGGAUCUCAUCAAGGUGAAUUUUAAGGACGGCAUCUACAGUCUGCAUAUGAACGAAGCGAAUUUAACCUGUUGCUAUAAACAGAUCCUGCGCUCCGGAGUUGGCGCCACUGCGGAUAUGGAGUAUAAAUUGCUGCCAUGUAGUAAUUUUCAUCAAGACUUUGAUGUUCCACGUCAUGUAGAUGCCAUCAUCACCGAGUGCCGUCGACUAAGCGAUAAAAAGCUGUUGCAACAAGAUGCUUUCAGCUUUGUGCAACCAGCUAAACAUGCAGACAAUCUAACAGCUAUGAAUGAUUCAAGCUCAAGUGAAUCCACUAAGAGAAGACCAAGUGUUCUACUGUGGGGCAUUGAUUCAUUGUCGAGGAUGAACUUCCAGCGGACUAUGCCGUUGAUGUUCAAGUAUCUCAAAGAAGAGAAUUGGUUCGAGUUGCAGGGCUACAGCAAGAUGGCAGAUAACACAUUUCCCAAUUUAAUGGCGAUUCUGACAGGAUUCAAUAACUCCCGUUCCAUGUCUGUCUGCCGGCCAAUGGCUGUCGCGGGCUUGGAUGCUUGUCCUUUACUUUGGAAGAAUUACAAGCAGUUGGGAUAUAUUACAGCCUACGCCGAAGACUGGGACCAGUUUGCGACCUUCAACUACAAUAAGAAGGGUUUCGUCAAACCACCAACAGAUUACUAUCUCCGACCUUUUGUGCUGGCCAUUGAGAAGGAACUCAAAUUAAAUGUUACAGCCAGUAUACCCUACUGUGUGGGUCGUAGACAUUAUGCGGAGUAUAUCUACGAUUAUGCAAUACAAUUCACGAAAGUCCACAAAAAUGAAUCCACCUUUGGCAUGUUCUGGACAAAUUCGUUUAGUCACAGCUACUUUGCGCUGCCCUCCUCCAUGGAUGCUAAGAUGCUUGAAUAUAUGCACUCAUUGCAAAGAGUUGGCACCUUUGAAAAGUUCAUUGUGAUAUUUUUCAGUGAUCACGGCAUGCGGUUUGGUCCACUGCGUAACCUGCAUAGUGGGUUUCUGGAGGAGCGUAUGCCAAUAUUUUAUAUAUGGCUUCCGAAUUGGUUUAAGGCAAAAUAUCCAGAGUUUGUGCAUAAUUUGCAGCUGAAUAGGAAUCGCUUAACGUCUCCGUACGACAUCCACGCCACAUUGAAGCACAUUUUGCAGCUGGAGACACCGUUGGCGGACUUGCCACGACCCGAAGCAUGCCCCACUUGCCAUAGCAUCUUCUACGAAGUAGCUGAAUCGAGAGAUUGCUCAGAUGCGGGGAUUGAGGACCAUUGGUGCACCUGCCAUGCGUUAUAUAAUGCUUCAGACAAUGUGAUAAAUAAAAGGGAAAUUUCAUAUCAACUUAUUUCUGCUACAAAUGCCUAUCUGCAGGCCAACAACUUGACGGAUAUUUGUCAAACCCUGAAGCUUUCAUAUAUUGAGUCGGUGCAAAGGAAAACAUCGGUGAGGCCAAUGGAAUUUGAGUCUUACCUGGUCAGGUAUGAAGCCAAACCUGAGAAUGCUGUCUUUGAGGCUUCAGCGAACUGGGACAAUAAGACGAAGUUAAUCUCAGUAAACGUGCCUGACAUAAGUCGAUUGGACGCCUACAGUGAACUAUCCAAGUGCGUAGACGAUAAUAUAGCUAAAAAGUUUUGCAUUUGCUUCGACUUGCCAGUGCUCAAAUGAUUGAGAAAUAUAUAUUUAACACAAACAAUUUAUAACUUAUUGGUGGCAGGAAAAAAAAAUUGAAACUAUUAUUGAUUAUAUUGCUAAACAUAUCUGAUUUUUGCAAACUAUAGCUGAUAGUAUAAAUAAAUGAUCUGUAUUAAAAAAUGUAUA